UUAUUACAUCAAAUUAUAGCGUACUCAGAGGGAAACAACAAUCAUUGAACCCAACGAAUUAAAAAAUGGUAGGGAUUCAUCAAAAGAACGCACCAAAAUCAGAAAAAGUAUGAGAAUAGAGGACAAAGAUUUCAUGUCGAUGAAGAAGACCAGGCUCGGAAUCGCUAUAACAAACCCUAAACGAGGAGCUGCCACUGUAUGAGGACGAAAACGAAACUCUCUAAAGUUGCGACUGUACAUUAUGAUCAGUCACAUGUGAAGAUGAGGAUAUAUUGGGCAUGGAAAUUCAUUGUCUUGAGAACUAUUUUGGUAAAAAUUCCAAAAUGGUUCUGAAAUCGUAAUAGGGAUUAUUGGGCAAAAACUACCAUAUUAAUUGAAGGCAUGGGAGACUAUUAGCAGUGGGGAACCGACCUUUAAUGUGGUUGACGCUGCUAUAGAUCCGUCGACUCAACCCAACUGCUCGCAAACCGCAUUAGAUUGCCCAUUCGCUUCUGUGUGCAACUGAGACUUGAUCUUUGAAAUUGAUGUGAUUUGAGAUGGUGCGUGCAUCGUGGAAGCCGCAGCACCACCACGGCGGUUCAGUGGCUCGAUUGGUGGUGGUUGCGUGCGUGGGUCUCCUGGGAUUCGCUCUUGUUGCCGAUUACCUGUGGGCUUCCUCUUCGCGUUUCUCUUCUUUUUCGCGUCUCGGUAGUUGGAACAAGCCCCCAACACCCAUAAUUUUACACCCACCUCACAAGGGCGAAGCUGGUAAAGAUAAGAAGAAGGAUGCUGUUCCUGAGAGAUUCUUAUCAGCAACAUUUGCUGAUUUGCCUGCGCCAGAAAUUAAGUGGGAAAUGAUGGCUGCUGCGCCUGUACCUCGUCUAGAUGGGGCUGCAUUACAGAUUGAGAAUCUUUUGUAUGUCUUUGCUGGAUAUGGCACAAUUGAUUAUGUGCAUUCACAUGUCGAUAUUUACAAUUUUACGGAUAACACAUGGGGAGGAAGGUUUGAUAUGCCUAAAGAAAUGGCACAUUCGCAUUUAGGGAUGGUGACAGAUGGGAGAUACAUUUAUGUAGUUACUGGACAAUAUGGCCCACAAUGCAGAGGGCCUACAGCUCACACAUUUGUGCUUGAUACUGAAACGAAGCAAUGGCGGGACAUGCCAUCUUUACCAGUCCCUAGGUAUGCUCCUGCUACGCAACUUUGGAAGGGUAGACUUCAUGUGAUGGGUGGCAGCAAGGAGAAUCGAUACGACCCUGCAUUCGAGCAUUGGAGUCUUGCCGUAAAGGAUGGAAAACCAUUAGAAAAGGAAUGGAGGUCGGAAAUACCCAUUCCACGUGGAGGACCUCACAGGGCUUGUGUUGUUUAUGAUGAUAGACUUUAUUUGAUUGGUGGUCAAGAAGGUGAUUUUAUGGCCAAACCCGGAUCUCCUAUUUUCAAGUGCUCUCGCAGGAAUGAGGUGGUAUUCGGUGAUGUAUACAUGCUAGAUGAUGAAAUGAAGUGGAAAGUAUUACCUUCCAUGCCCAAGCCAGAUUCUCAUAUUGAAUUUGCUUGGGCAAUUAUUAACAACUCUCUUGUUCUCGUCGGAGGCACAACAGAGAAACAUCCAGUUACUAAAAAGAUGGUUCUGGUUGGAGAAAUCUUUCAAUUUAAUUUUGAUACUCAGAAAUGGUCAGUCAUUGGAAAACUUCCUUACCGUGUGAAAACCACACUUGUGGGAUACUGGAAUGGAUGGUUGUACUUUACCUCAGGACAGCGGGACAGGGGACCAGAUGACCCAGCACCAAAGAAGGUUAUUGGAGAGGUGUGGAGAACCAAAUUGAAAUUGAGCUCCUGACACUUUUCAAUGAUUAUUUUUGGUAGGGAAAUUCCAUUCUAACCAGUUCUCACCUUGUCAAAGGAUCAAGCAUCUUGUUUUCUGUAGACACUACAAUAAGCUCCUGUUUCUAAUUCUAUUCUAUCAAGAUUCAUUGUACACUCUUUGUGUAGUGAUAUUCACCAAACAAAUCGAUAGAACAUAAGAACUCAAACAACUAUAGCAGCAAAAUAGUGAAGCUUAAAUCAUAUUUUAUGCUCUUGAAGAUUUA